UUCACGCGGCUUCUCUUUCUAUUUCUCUUCUGCAACUUGCACCAUUUCCCACGCGCCUUUUUCAUCCAUCAUUUCAUUCUUCAGAAUAUUCGGUUAAGUUCAACCGAAUUCAUGCUUACAAUAUGAUGUGUUUAUUCUUCAAACGAAAAUCCAAAUCCGAGCCACAGCUGCAAAAAACAACCAGGAACAGCAAGGUCAAGUCCACCAACUCGCGAUCGUUAUCGCCAUCGCCAAGGAGUGUUAAUGAAUUGUAUAAGGAGAACCAGCACAAUUUCAGGGUCUUCACUCUCAGGGAGCUCGUAGAUGCAACCAAUGGUUUCAAUAGAACGCUCAAGAUCGGUGAAGGUGGUUUCGGAAGUGUUUAUAGAGGAACCAUUCCACCUCUACAUCGACAUGAGGAUCCAAUUCUCGUUGCUAUCAAAAAGCUCAACACUCGUGGCUUUCAGGGGCACAAAGAAUGGCUUGCUGAAGUUCAAUUUCUCGGCAUCGUUAACCACCCCAAUUUGGUUAAGUUAUUGGGAUACUGCUCUGUAGACGCCGAGAGAGGAAUUCAAAGGCUAUUGGUGUAUGAAUUCAUGCCAAAUAGGAGCCUAGAGGAUCAUCUUUUCAACCAUUCUUUACCUCACUUGCCUUGGAAAACUAGAUUGCAGAUCAUGCUUGGUGCUGCUGAAGGAUUGGAUUACUUACAUGAGGGAUUGGAAGUUCAGGUGAUCUACAGAGAUUUCAAAUCUUCCAAUGUGCUGUUGGACAAAAGUUUCCAUCCCAAGCUCUCGGAUUUCGGUCUAGCUAGGGAGGGCCCAACCGGUGAUCAGACUCAUGUAUCUACUGCAGUAGUUGGAACACAGGGAUAUGCAGCGCCGGAGUAUGUUGGAACAGGACAUCUCAAAGCUAAGAGUGACAUAUGGAGUUUCGGCGUGGUGCUCUAUGAGAUUCUCACAGGCAGGAGGGUACUGGAAAGAGAUCGUCCCACAGGAGAACAGAAGCUUCUAGAGUGGGUCAAGAAGUACCCUGCUGAUACUAGCAGAUUCAGCACCAUAGUAGACCCUCGCCUCAGGAACCAAUACUCCCUUGUUUCGGCUCGAAAG